AUGGUCGCUGAACAUAUUGAAGAUGUAUCCAACCCCAAGAAUACUGAGGUGGUUGAGAAAUUAGAUAAGUAUCCUACUGAUACUUCUUUAGAAGCUGGUGUUGAAGAUUAUAUCAGUAAAUUUUUGGAAAUUUCUGAUGAUGCUAAAAAUAACGAUAAGAAGGAUAAAGUUAUGCCUUUGAAGGAAGGUUUAAGAACCUUUCCUAAGGCUGCCAUUUGGUCCGUUGUUUUAUCAACUGCUUUGAUUAUGGAAGGUUAUGAUACUAAUCUUUUAAACAGUUUAUAUGCUAUGCCUGCUUUCAAAGAAAAGUAUGGUCAACCUGUACCAAACUCUGACGAUCAUGAAAUUCCUAGUAAUAUUCAAAUUACUUUAUCCAUGUGUGUUAACGUCGGGGAAGUUCUUGGUUUAGCUUUGGCCGGGGUGGUUGCUGAUAAACUUGGUUAUAGGUGGACAUUGAUUGUUUCCCUUUUCUUUACUACUUGUUUUAUUUUUAUUGUCUUCUUUGCUCAAAACGUCGGGAUGUUGAUUGCAGGGGAAUUAUUAUUGGGUAUCCCAUGGGGUUUCUUCCAAACCUUAACAAUCAGUUAUGCUGCUGAAGUUUGUCCUUUGGUUUUAAGAAUUUAUUUGACUACUUAUGUUAAUGCUUGUUGGGUUAUUGGUCAACUUAUUUCUUCCGGUAUUUUAAGAGCUUUUGUUGGGGAUGAAACUGCCCUUGCUUAUAGAGUUCCAUUUGCUAUUCAAUGGGUUUGGCCCAUUCCAAUUGCUCUUGGUAUCUUUUUGGCUCCUGAAAGUCCUUGGUGGUUAGUUAGAAAAGGUAAAUUAGCUCAAGCAAAGAAAUCUUUGAGUAGACUUAUUUCUGAAAAUAAGUAUUGUCCUGAUAAAGCUUAUCUUUUAGAAGCUAUGGUCAAUAAAAUGCAAUUAACCAUCACUGAAGAAAACAUUAAAUCCCAAACUGAAUCUUCAUACUUCGAUUGUUUCAAAGGAAGAGAUUUGAGAAGAACCAGAGUUGCUGCUAUUACUUGGUUGAUCCAAAAUAUCACUGGUUCUGCAUUAAUGGGUUAUUCAACUUAUUUCUAUGUUCAAGCUGGUUUAUCAACUAGUAUGUCAUUUACCUUCUCCAUUAUUCAAUAUGUUUUAGGUUUAAUUGGUACCAUUUCUUCAUGGUUCCUUUCGCAAAAGAUGGGUAGGUUUGAUAUCUACUUCAUGGGUUUAUGUUUCAAUUGUUGUAUAUUAUUAAUUGUUGGAGGUUUAGCUACAUCUUCCAAUCCAAAUGCUUCUUGGGGUAUCGGUUCCUUAUUAUUGGUCUAUACUUUCAUGUAUGAUUUAACUGUCGGCCCAUUAUGUUAUUGUAUUGUUGCCGAAUUACCAUCAGCUAAAUUAAGAACUAAAACCAUUAUUAUUGCCAGAAAUGUUUAUAACAUCUCUGGUAUUAUCACUGCCAUUAUCACUCCUAAAAUGUUAAAUCCAACUGAUUGGAAUUGGGGUGCAAAGACUGGUUUCUUCUGGGCUGGUUUCUGUUUCUGUUCUGCUAUUUGGUGUUGGUUUGAAUUACCAGAAACUAAGGGUAGAACUUUUGCUGAAUUGGAUCUUUUGUUCCACAACAAAAUUCCUGCAAGAAAAUUCAAAAAGACUGAUGUUGAAAUCUUCGAUGCUGGUGAACUUAUUGAGAUCAUGGGUGAAGAAGGUGUUAAGAAAUUAGUUGUUGCUAACGAGACUAAAGCUGAAGUUUAA